AUGUUAUUGAUACUAUGCCUUAUAUCAAUAGCUUUUGCUGUUGAAGUUAAUGUAAUGUUACCACUUGAUGUAGUGACAUCAAAUGGAUUAAAUAAUAAAAACCAACUUAAAAAAGAUUUUAGUAAAUUAAAAUCUGGUGGAGUUGUUGGUGUUAUGGGAGAUGUUUGGUGGGGACUUGUAGAAACAUCACCAAAAAGUUAUAACUGGAACGGAUAUAAAGAACUUAUUGCUCUUUGUAAAGAAACUGGAUUAAAGUUCCAAGCUGUCAUGUCAUUCCAUAAGUGUGGAGGAAAUGUUGGUGACUCAGUUAAUAUUCCAAUUCCACAAUGGGUAAGAAAUGCUGGUUCAUCUCAUGAUGCAUUUUUUAAAGAUCCACAAGGAAAUAAGAAUGAUGAAUAUAUUGCUUUCUCUGCUGAUUCAAUGUCUAUUUUCCAAGGAAGAACUCCACUUCAAAUGUAUAAAGAUUUUAUGUCAUCAUUUAAAUCAACAUUUUCUAGUUAUAUUAAUGAUGGAACUAUUAAUGAAAUUCAAGUAGGAAUGGGACCUUGUGGUGAAACUCGAUAUCCUUCUUAUCCUCUUUCUCGUUGGACUUAUUGUGGUGUUGGUGAAUUCCAAUGUUCUGAUAAAAAUUCUCUUUCUAAAUUGGCAUCUGCAGCAUCAAGUGCUGGACAUUCAGAAUGGGGACAUGCAUCUCCAUCAAAUGCAGGAAAUUAUAACUCUAAACCACCAUCAUCAACUGGGUUCUUUGGAAAUGGAAAUGAUAAUUAUAAAAGUGCUUAUGGUAAGUUCUUCCUUGGAUGGUAUCAACAACUCCUUCUUGAUCAUGCUAAUAAUGUUCUUUCUGCUGCUAAAUCAGUUUUUGGUAAUUUAGCUAUUGCAGGUAAAGUUGCUGGUAUUCAUUGGUGGUAUAAUGAUCAGUCACAUGCAGCUGAAUUAACUGCUGGUUAUUAUAACACAAAUAAUCAAAAUGCAUAUGCUAAUAUUGCUAAUGUAUUUAAAAAGUCUGGAGCUCGAUUUGAUUUUACAUGUCUUGAAAUGAGUGGAACUGAUGGAAAUUGUGGUUCUACACCUGCUAAUCUUGUUUCUCAAGCAUAUAAAGCUGCUGGAUCAGCUGGAAUUGGAAAAUGUGGAGAAAAUGCACUUGAAUUAUGUGGAUAUGGAGGAUGUAAUACUAAUGGAUUUAAUCAAAUUGUAAAACAAGCUAAGGGUAAUGGACUUAUUUCAUUUACUUAUUUAAGAAUGACUAGAGCUCUUCUUGAUGAUUCAACAGCUUGGGGACAAUUUUGUUCAUUUGUUAAGUCAAUGAGAUAA